AUGGAAGUUAUAGAAGAAGAUUUAUAUGUUUAUGCUGCUGACGUUUCUCAAGUUGACAUUAAUUCUGCGGUUAAAAAAAAAAUUUCUAGUUUGAAUAAUUCUCAAACUACACCUGAAGUAUAUAGAUCUGUUCGAUCAAAACUCUUAACUGCACAUCAAAAUGCAAAUGAAAAAUCAUCCGAUAUGUCUUUAGUUGAACCGGGUAAACAUUUCAUUGAUUUAACUGAUAAUUCUCAUCAUUCGAAGCGUACAAGAGUACAAGAUCUAAAAAAUAAAGAUGAUUGUGUUACGAAUGUUGAUCCAAAUUACGGUUAUUGUGAGCAAACGAUUGAAUAUGAUAGAGAAUAUGUAAAUGACAACAGUGAAUGCGAUAGUACCGUUAAUGAAAACGAAAAAAUAGUGCUUAGCCAUAAGAAUAUGAAUAAAGGCAAAGAGAAGAUAACACAAUCUGUAACGCAUAAUACUAGAAGUCGAACCGAAAGGUUUAAAAAUGUAAAUGAAGAAUAA